GACUUUUCAGUGGCGUAAACAUCUUUCUGUAUUGUGAUUAGCCAAAAUGAGGGUAAAAGUCGUAUGGUUGAAACACAGGGAUUUACGAUACGUAUUAUUUUCUUAUUCAUUCACGUCAUCGGCGAAAAUCAUAUAAGACUACCGAGUACUAUGAGUCCGAAGGCCAUUCAUCCAAUCUAAGCUCCAUCAAAAUGGCCAUCGCCUCCUCCCAAUCCUUCACAACAAAACCAGAUAUUCCUUACGACGGAUGCAAGUACAGUGAAGUAACAACCGCUGAGGAGGGUGAUGAUGGGACUCAAAGUAACGAGAAGAAAUUGGUCCAUUCCGAAACCAUGGAAAGUCCGGGUUGCAGUACGGUCGGUGACGAGAAUGAUAGGAUGAUACAGCCGGGUUUAGAGAAUGGCGGAAGAAGUCUUAAUAAUAGAGGAGCGGAAGGAGAAGAAGAAGUAUGCAGAUAUACAUUAGAAGAAGGAGAAGUAGGAGAUACUGACACCAAAGAGAAGCUAGAUAUAGAUCCCGAUCCUGGAUCAUUAAGAUGGGGUUGGGGAAGAUGGACUCCAAAGUGCACACAGCGGUUUAACACGCCACCUUGGCUUUUGGUUUUCUUAAGCGCACUCGUAUUUUUCCAAGGCAUGGUGGGUAGCGGGCUUACCGGCAGCAAUGCAACGUCAAUUGAACGACGAUUCCAACUUCGAAGUCAAGACUAUGGUUUUCUCGUCAGCACAUACGAAACCACCCAUAUCAUCUUCACACUCUUCGUCGCUUUCAAAGGAGGGCGUGGCCACAAGCUCAAGUGGGUUGCUUUUGGCUCAUUGAUUAUAGGAAUGAGCUCUUUUUUAUUUGCGCUGCCCCAUUUCACGACCGAUGGAUACGAGAACUUCAAUGAUGAGCACGGCGAUCUGGGGAUCUGCGAAUUCGAAGAGAAUGGCGAACUCACCGUAACAGAUGAGAAAUGCAGAGAUGGUCAAAAGGAUGAUAAUUUAUCACGUUAUAUCUAUCUAUUUGGAGCUGCAGAGGUCCUCUUGGCAAUGGGUUCUAUUCCAAUAUACACACUUGGUAUUGCAAUACUUGACGAAAGUGUGACGCUUAGAAAUAACGGUGUUUUUCUAGGUGUUUUCUAUGCUGUUAGUACAUUAGGGCCAGCGGUAGGGUACGUGGUAGCUGGUCUUUGUCUCACAAUAUUCACUGACAUUCACCUUCCAGAGGGGGUUGACCUUACAGAUGGCGAUCCUGGAUGGGUAGGGGCUUGGUGGAUCGGUUAUGUCAUAGCUGGUGUCUGUAUUCUACUUAUCUCUAUUCCUCUCGGAGCAUUCCCAAGGGAAUUGCCCACAACUGCCAAAAUUCGAUUGGAGAAGGAAUGCGAGGCGCAUGCCAAUGCCGGGGCGGAUAUCACGGCACAACCGAGUUUCGGAUCACGACCCGGUGACCUGUUGAAAGCAAUCAAAUACAUAUUGGUUAACCCAACCUACAUGUGCAUCACUUUGGCCGGGUGUUCGGACUCUUUGAUGAUCACGGCAUUCGGAGUCUUUCUGCCAAAGUUCAUUGAGAAUCAGUUUGCAACGACGGCUACCGUAGCAACAACCAUUGUUGGUACCUGUAUUGUACCUGGUGGGAUACUUGGUGUGCUAUUUGGAGGUUGGAUUAUUCGUAGAUUUCGUCUAAGUGUAGUUGGAACGAUUAAAUUCUGUCUUCUGUUGACGAUCAUAACAACACUUACAUUACCUACCUUGUUCAUUAGAUGCCCACAAACUGAUUUAGCAGGUGUUCUAGUGAGCUAUGAACACAAUGAUUCUAACAGCUACUUGCACAGCGAGUUAGAUUUGACCCACACUUGUAAUACAGCAUGCAUUUGUUCAACCGCUCGCUACCUUCCUGUGUGCCUACAAGAAUAUGAUCUUGAAUUCUUCAGUCCUUGUCAUGCAGGCUGCACCAUUGAUUAUGAAAAUGGGACGUACACUGAUUGCGCAUGCGCAGUAUUAGUUUCUGGUGGUUUCUCAUCAUCGGUAAUAACUGGAAAGUGUAAGAGUGGUUGUUUCAUCCUUCCUAUCUUCGUAGCUCUUUUUAUUCUAAUUCUAGUGGUUUUGUUUAUGCCAAUGGUUCCAGCAACAAACGUCACGUUAAGAUGUGUUCCUGAAUCACAGAGACCAAUGGCACUGGGUGUUCAGUCUAUGAUAGUCAGAUGCUUAGGCUCCAUUCCAGGCCCUAUCCUAUUUGGAAUAAUCAUCGACAGCACAUGCUUGCAAUGGCAGGAAACAUGCAGUGGUCACGGAUCAUGUUGGCUUUAUGAUAAUAAAAGCUUUGCUUCGAGACUAGCUAUUAUAUCUUGUGCGCUUAAAGUGAUGUGUGGAUUCCUAUAUGCCUUGGCUUUGUUCAGUUAUAAGCCAGCAACGCAGUCUCAAGUCAAUCAAAAAGACAAUGAUCGUUCACAUGUUUCGUAGCUGAAAGCUGAAAUUAUAUAUUUGUAACGUCUAUAAAUAACAUUUUUCUGUUUUCACAUAUUUAUUCACACCUUCAUAAUUUUAUCUCUGAGAGAGGAUUGGAAAAAAAAUCAAUAUUGAUUCGUUAUGAUUAUUUAAUCCCCCAUCCCUCCUCUCCUUUGGAACAAUAAUUCAAACCAAACUUCUACUUUUUAUUAUAUCUUGAUCAUGCUUACACUUGACUUAUCAAUACAAUACAAUAUUGUCACUGCCUGGUAAUUUGUAUAUAUAUAUUUUAUCUCCAGGGAUUGCAUCUCAAAGCUCUUUGAGUCUUGUGGAAAAGGCGCUUUAGGAAUUUGAACUAUUAUCAUAUAAACCUUUAUAUUGUGGCUUGCCCAUUGCUGAUAUAGGAUACGUCUGUGUGCUAAAAGCUUAUUAUCAGUGUCAUCAUUUUCAAAUGGAAAUUCUGAAAAAAAUAUAUAUUAAUGUAACAUGGGAACAUCUUUCCCAAAUAGAUUUAUCCCGAUACCAUGGUAAAUAUGAUACCUUCGAUCUGGUUUUAACAUAAACAUAUUUCAGUCUAGAACUUUUAUAUAUUUUUAUUUUCCAAUAAAUAAUCUUGUGGAAGGGAGAGAAAAGAGUGGACAUAAUGUACGAUUGGAUUGUAAAUGUGAAUCUUAUUUUUGUGGAAUUGAUUAAAUGCAGUCUUAAAUAUAUCUGUAAAGCGCCUAGAGACGACGUUCUCAUGUAUUAAGCGCUAUACAAAAGCGUGUUAUUAUACUAUUAUUAUUGAUAAUGGUAAAUGGUGGUGAUUACCUGAUUGCUAAGAAAACAUGAAUGCUUGUAAGCAAGCAACCAGAGGACCGACGGCUGGUAAUGAGGAUAAAUGCCUUACCAAAGGACCCUAGCGCACCUAUAGUGGGAAUCAAACCUGGGUCACCGGAAUCCGAAACCCCCGCUAUUAUUCUUUUUUUUUUCAUUAUUAUAGUUAUUAUUAUUAUCAUUAUUAUAAUUAUCAUGAAAUCGGCCGAAUCAUGUGUACAAGAAAGAUUUUUUUCCUUAUUGGCUGCUACCCCUCAGUACGACUCUGAAUCAUAUAAUGCAAUUUUAGACUAUAUCGAUUUGUAAUACAUGUAUUUUAACUUUGUACACAGUAAAAAAUAAUUAUACAACGCUGUUUACUAUAUGAACCUUACAGUAAUUGUUUAAACAGUUUAAACAAGUGUUUAAAUCUUAAGCAACAAAGUUUAAUUUUCAAUAUCUAAUCUUCAAAAAAUUAAACAUGAUUGUUUAAACGGUUAAACAAAUACUGUAAGAUUCAUAUAGUAAACAGCGUUGUAUAAAAUCUUAAACAGCGUUUUUACUGUGUAUCAUAAUUUGUUUUAUGUAAAGUUUUACUGAGAGAAUAAAACAAUUUGAAUUUGAACAAAAUCGAUCUCAGAAGAAUCGGAAUAUUAUCUUGUCAUAAGUAGUUCAACGAUUCAUCCAAGCAAUUAUUAUGAUCAAACUCUAAUUAUUAUGAAUAUAUUGCUAUUACACUUUUACUGCUUUUUAGCAACCCCGUGAUAAGGGCCCUUCCAUGAUUUGCUCGAUGUGCGAGCCACUGCUUAAUUAUUGAACAAUUAAAAGCAAAAAUUAAGAUCAGUAUGAAAAUGAGGAAACUGCCACCCACUCACUACUGUUAAUUUUGUUGUAUGGUAUUGAUAAUUCAUUUUUCACCUCAUUAUAAUGUGAGAUAAAGUUUGAUUCCUCCUGAUCACGUGGUAUUACCGUUGUUGUAACCUGUUAUAGGACCAAUUCAACAAAAGUCUCAUUGUCUAAAAGUAUUUUUAUAAUUCAUUCAAUAAAAUACGAAAUAAAUGGUGCCGACACUCAUUUGCAUAUCAGCGC